UCCUUCACAGCCUGAAAGGUCUUAAUGGAGAGGAAGACUGGUACUGCAAAUGAGGACUUCAUCAACUGGGAUAACCCUUGAAGUGAAAUCUGUCGUUAGGAGCUAACUUUUUUGACAAGUCAAAGAUCAGUUAAAUGAAAAGAACCAUAAAGCAGCUUGGAAUCUUGGAAGAUUGUCGGGAACAAUCAGGAGGUUUUCAAGGAAAAUUGGGGAAAUCGAAGGAUCCCAACUACGGCAAGCAUCACACAUCGGAGAAGGUCACUUUGUGUUUUAGUAAAUUCCUAGUUAACUUUUCCGGAGCUGCCUGAAAGGCAGCUUUUAGUUCAAGUCCACCAUACCUGGCAUGGUGAGGCAAGGAGAGCCGUCCUAAGUGGAAGUAAGGAGCCAAAGAGGGGAUGAAUGUAAGGCCUGGUGAGUCCAGGGUUGAGGUCUGAGGGGGAAAACCAGCUGAGAAUUGCUUUCAAUGUAAACACAUAGCACCAUGCAAACCCUGCUGCCAGCCUGGCACAAGAGGACCUGGACCACACUCCUGCUUUUACUCCUCCUCGUUUUCUUCAGCCACCAGGUGACAGGCUCGGUGCUUGAAAGUCUGAUAGCUAAACGGACUGAAUACCGGGAGAGCUGCAACAGAACUCUGGCAACAGCUACACUCGCAAAAACUGGCAACUACUGUAAAGGAACAUUUGACGCGUUUGUGUGCUGGCCACAUUCAUCUCCUGGGAAUGUGUCGGUCCCCUGUCCUUCUUAUUUACCAUGGCUCAGUGAGGAUGGCCUCAGAAGGGCACACCGAGAAUGCUUAGAAAAUGGGAGAUGGCGACGGAAGGAGAAUUCCACUGAGCCCUGGAGAGAUGACUCAGAAUGUCAGGAGGACCAGUACUUUAAAGACAAAGAGGACGAAGUGCUUCGCCAGACAGCCCUCAGGCUCAUCUCUGUCAUCGGCUAUUCCCUGUCCCUGACCUCCCUCACACUGGCCACUCUCCUGAUGGCCAUGCUGAGGAAGCUCCACUGUACCAGGAACUACAUCCACAUGAAUCUGUUUGUGUCAUUCAUCCUAAGAGCCACGGCAGUCAUUUCUAAGGAAAUCAUAUUAUACAUCAUGUAUUCCAAACUACCCAAGGACGACCCUGGAUGGAACUCCUACUCAAGCUCUGUGAUAACGUUGAUGUGCAAAUUCUCCAAAGUGUGCAUGGAAUACUUUGUGGCCUGUAACUACUUCUGGCUCUUGGUGGAGGCCAUUUUCCUCCACACACUGCUCUUCACUGCUGUGCUGACUAAAAGACGACUGCUGAAGAAAUACAUGCUGCUUGGAUGGGGAACUCCCGUCUUGUUUGUGACACCAUGGACAGUGCUCAAGAUUUUAUAUGAAAACACAGGAUGUUGGUCAAUCGUGAACAGAUGGUUCUGGUGGAUAAUAAGGGGCCCGAUUACUUUAUCAGUGCUUGUCAUUUUCUUCAUAUUCAUCAAGAUCCUGAUGCUGCUGCUGUCCAAGCUGAAAGCAGAUCAGGUGAAAUUUACAGACUACAGAUGCAGCUUGGCCAAAGCAACACUGGUCCUGAUUCCUCUACUCGGAAUCCAUGAAGUGGUCUUUACCUUGCUAGUAGAUGAAUGUGUGGAGGGCAGCAUUCGGUACGCCAAGAACUUUAUCAACCUCACCCUCAGCUCCAUCCAGGGGUUCUUAGUUGCUGUGCUGUACUGUUUUGCUAAUGGAGAGGUCCAAGCUGAACUGAAGAAGCGCUGGCAGCUUUUCCUGUUCACUAACCGCUUCCAGGUCAGGGGCUGUUUUCGGGGUUUGGCCCUCAAACACCUGUGGAAGUAUACUCUAGGUCACCACCCCCAGGGCUCUCGGCAAAGUGACUCCUAUGACGAGGGGGGCACUUCCAUAACUCAACCGCACCUGCUGCAGGUGGCUGUACAUGGAGGAAGUGGAGUUCUUGGAGUAGGAAAGGUUAAAGGUCAGGGGCUGAAGGGCUUUGAUGUGGCAGGGCUGGAUUUUCUCACCAGGAAGAGCCUGUCUAGUAGUGAUGGAGAAAUGACGCUCGGGGAGACGAUGGAGGAGAUUUUGGAGGAGAGCGAGUUCUGAUUCCAGUUAGCCUCCUGGUACUUUAUCACCUAACAUGGACAUGUGCGUACCAGCACACACAUUGUGGGAGCCUGAAAUAGUAAUUAAGAAACACAUUCUUCCAAAGGUGGAUUACCAACCGGACAGAGAUGGCCACUAGGUGUGUAUUCCCAAAUGAAGCUGCCUCAAACUACCUUACACACAGACAACGUAAAGAGCUGCUCACACCAGAAAGCCAAGUUCAUCCAAACAUUCUGGUGAAACAGGCAGCAAUAAAGUCUUGGUGAUGUGGUGACUGCAGGGCUAGUUGGUGAACUACUGUAGCUGGCAAGCUAAGGGUUAACAUGCUAGCAAACUGUUUACUCCCCCUUGGCAUUUUGUUUUCACAACGGUACGUCAUAUAGAUCAAGAGUAAUCUCUGAGGAGGUUAGCUAGCUAACUGUGAAGCAACUGAGUAUGGAUAGUGUAAAUAAAAGUGGAUGGUGCAGAACAGCUAAUAGCUAUGAAAGCUUCCUCCAUUUUGGAUUUUUCGGUUCACUCAUGGGCCAGAGGGCAGUACAUUCAGGUUUGCUAUCAGUCAAUCACUAAGUUCACUAAAGCUAAAUUUGACGCAACAUAUUAGUGCAGAUUUCCUACACUGGUAGUCUAGGGAACUUAGUUGAUUUUGCAGGCAAAUUUCUGAAUUUACUGGAAUGUAUUUUACAACUGAUUGUACAUAUGAAAUGCAUUUCAUCAGAAACCAGACUGAUUAUUGAGAUGAAGGAAUAAAAUGUUUAGCACAGAUUCAAAGAAUCAGACUUAAAAAUGUUAAGUUAAGGCAUUUUCCACUAUAAAUGAUUUAAUCAUUUCUUUUUGGGGCUAUCCAGGCCAAUGCUCUACAGAAGCUUUAUUCAGAGCUUAUAAACAGGUAUCUUUGAGUGCUCUACAGUUACAGAAUUAACAUACAAUACAUUCUUAUAGCAGACAUAUAAUGCUCACAUUCAGUAUUUGAACAUACACAGUGAACCUCAUACUAUACAGAUUCAACUGCAGUGUUAAGCAUUUUUCAUAGAUUUGUGUUUUAUUUACCAUAUGAAAUAUGAAAUAUAAAAUAUAUCAUCUUCCUAUUCAGGCCAGUUAUAAAUAUCCAUAUGACACAACAUCUGGAUUGAAAUGUGCAUGUAAAUACAAUGUAUUUGUUGUCUGAAUGUGAAUAAUAAUAAUGUGCAGCAAGGUUUACAGGCUUUACAUGUUUUCUAUUCUUGUGAAGCUUUAAAUGUAUCAAAAGCAUUGUUGUACAGUUAGAACUAUCACAUGAUUUAUACAUGUAGUGUCACAACAAUGUAUGUGCACAAAUAAAACAGCAGUC